AUACUAUGGCGAUUCAAAUCCGACGAUAAGAUUCAGGAAUAUCAAUUAAAAACGGUGACAUACGGAACUAAGCCGGCAUCGUAUAUAGCAACUGCCUGUUUAAAAAAAUUGGCAGAUGAAAAUAAAAAACAAUAUCCAAUAGCGAGCGAAGUGAUUGCAUCUGACUUUUAUAUGGACGAUUUGCUGAGCGGCGCAAGUACAUUGUCGGAAGCAAUUCAAUUACGCAACAAUUUAAUAACAAUAUUAAAUAAUGCGGGACUACAAUUAAGGAAAUGGGUAUCAAAUAAAAAAAAGGUGUUAGUCGAUAUUACUAACAUCGAUAAUGACCCACUACGAGUAUUGAAUCUAGAUAACAACCCUAUAAAAAUGAUCGGACUAUUUUGGGACCCGUAUAAUGACACGUAUCGAUAUAAGGUCAACGAACCGAUACAACGAUCUACGUCGAUAGCGCCAAUAACAAAACGCAAUAUAUUAUCGAACAUUGCGACGAUAUUCGAUCCUCUCGGUUUAAUUGGUCCAAUAGUCAUAACGGUAAAAAUUAUAAUGCAAAAAUUGUGGCAAAAGGGUAUUAACUGGGACGAGCAAUUACCGUUAUCAAUACUAAAAGAAUGGGAGGGCUAUUGGCAUGAACUAAUCAAAAUAGAACAGAUAACUAUUCCAAGACGUGUAAUCGGUUGCGACGGGAACGUGAACGUGCAAAUUCACGGCUUCGCAGACGCGUCUACGGUAGUGUACGGUGCGUGUUUAUACGUACGAACAACCGACUGCGAAGGCAAACAUUACACGCGCCUAAUAAUAGCGAAAUCCCGUGUUGCCCCGCUAAAAACAAUUUCUCUAGCGCGAUUGGAACUAUGUGCUGCGGUAUUAUUAAUGCGUCUUUCAAAAAAAAUAAUCCCAAAAUUACGUAUAAAAGUAAUACGUGAAUAUUAUUGGUCGGACUCGUCAAUCGUAUUGUCAUGGAUAAACGCACCAUCCUCUCGGUGGAAAACAUUCGUCGCGCAUCGAGUUGGAGAAAUACACCAAGCAACGGCCAGUUCACAAUGGAGACACGUAAAAUCUGAGGAUAAUCCAGCCGACAUAAUAUCACGCGGUUGUACUCCCGAAAAAUUGCAAAAUGAUAUUUUGUGGUGGGAGGGUCCACCUUGGAUAAACAGUAAUGAGGACGAGUGGCCAUAUAACGUGUCCGAAAUAAAAAUAAAUGAUAAUGAAAUUCCAGAAGAAAAGAAAAGUCUCGCAUUGGUAACAGUCGUAAAUGAAGAAAUUCCAAUAAUAAAAAGGUAUUCGACACUACCGAAACUAUUAAGGGUAGUUGCCUACAUCAUAAGAUGGAAACAGCGCGUGGUAAACAAAAUACAGUUUACAACCAAAACGAUCGAGUUAAGCGAGUUCAACGACUCAAAAGAAAAAUUAAUAAAAAUUGUUCAACAACAGCAUUUCAGUAGCGAAAUAAAUCGUUUAAAACACAAAAAAUGUGUCCAAUAUAAGUAA